AUGUCCAUGCUGUCAAUGAUGGAGCAAAGACCAAUCGCCAUCGCACCAAAGAAGGACCAGGCCACCAACGACGACGACUCCUCAGCCAAGGAGCCUGCCAAGAAUGGAGAGGAAGCUUGCAUGCUAUAUACAUGUCUCACUUGCGCCAGAAGGAAAGUCAAGUGUGACAAGGCCAUUCCCAUAUGCUCGACUUGCCGCAAGGCGCGACUGGAUUGCACAUACCAGGAACCCGCACCGCGCAAACGCAAAAGAAAGCCAGUUGACGACGUCCACGAACGGCUGGAGCAGUAUGAGAAAAUCCUCAAAGCGAACGGUCUUUUGCCAGGGGCAGAAGGCCAGAAGAGUUCCGAUGCUGGUGAACCGCAAUGGCCCUUCCUGGUGACCAACGCAACAUCGACGACGCUGCCCAUUAACAGCAAGCCUGGCAAGCUUAUCGGCAAGGAAGACAAAGCUCGCUACAUCGGGAGCAGUGUGUUCAAGACCCUGGGUGACGACCUCGAGCCUUCUUCUGACGAGGACGACGAGGGCGAUGAAGAACCGCAACCUAGUUCCUUCCAGCAAAUACAAGCGCCGGACCCUCUCUCCCUGGCCUUUCUCUCUCCAGGGACUAGCGUCAGUCUGCUCAACUACCAUCCCACCUACGAGACUGCCAUGAGACUUUGGAAGACAUACGUCGACAACGCGGAUCCCGUCGUCAAGGCCGUGCAUGUCCCGACCAUGCAGAAGAUCCUGCAACGGGCUGCUGCGCAGCCAAGUCGCAUACCCAAGGCUACAGAGGCGUUGAUGUUUGCGAUAUACCACUUCGCUGUUAUCACGAUGGAGGAGGAUGAUUGCAGGCAGGUCUUUGGUGAGAGCAGGGCGAGUCUCCUGGCCAGGUAUGAGGCGGCGCUGCGGCAGGCGCUGGUGAAUGCGCAGUUCUUGAAGUCGACCAAUCUUGCGGUCAUUCAAGCGUUUGAGUUGUUUUUGCUGGCUGUGAGGAGCUUUUACGAUCCGCAGGCGUUUUGGAUUCUGACGGGCGUCGCAGUCCGGAUGGCUCAGCGGAUAGGCCUACACCGCGAUGGCAACGAGCUGGGUCUCGGACCUUUCGACACCCAAAUGCGUCGCCGCAUCUUCUGGCAACUGCUGCCUCUCGACGGUUUGGCCGGCCAGCUGUCCGGCACAGGCAUCUGCAUCACCCUCGACUCAUGGACCACGGAGCCACCCCUGAACCUCAACGACACCGACAUCUGGCCUGAGAUGACGCACCAACCAGAGCCGCACACCGGAGCCACCGACAUGAUCUUCUGCCUCGCCCGCACCGAGAUGGCGAAGAUUGUUCGCACCGCUUUCACGGAGAAAGGCGCCACCGAAGACACCGCCAAAGGCAUCGUCUUCGGCGGCGAACAGGGCGAUUUCAAACUCAAAGACGACUCCCUCACCCGCCUCGAAGACGCCAUGGAAACGAAAUACCUCCGCUACUGCGACUUCGCCAACCCCAUCCACCUGCUCACAAUGGCCAUGGCGCGCUCCGGCAUCAACGGCGGACGCUUGCGUGUCCGCCUCCCGCGCGCAAAAGCCUCGCAAGACCUACCCGACUCCGAGAGACGAGAGAUCUGGUCGAUCGCGAACAAAAUCCUCGACUAUCACAUCUCGGCCAACAGCAACCCGCACCUCAAGCGCUUCCACUGGCACAUCAAAGCCUUCUUCCAGUCUGAAGCCCUCGCGUGGAUCCUUAACGAACUGCGCAAAGACCCUGCAAGAUACAAAGACGACGAAACCAUCUGGACGAGAAUCGAGACGACGUACGGCAAUCACACGGAUCUGGCGGAGCAGAAGCGAAGUCUGCAUCUCGCGGUCGGGAGGCUGACGUUGAAGGCUUGGGAUGCCACGCAAGCGUUUCGGCAGCAGACGGGGCGGGCACCGUUGCCAGAGCCGGCAUACAUCACAACUAUUCGUCUUCGUCCACACCGGCGCGAUACUCACGCGAGUAAUUCCAGCAAUCCGACGCCAGAAAGCCAAUACCAAUACCCCACCCAAACCCAAGCCCAAGGACACUACCAAUACAACCCCUUCAACCCCGGCGACUCCUCUGAAGACCUUCCUCCACCUCCUGGCCCCCUCACCGCUGUGUCCAACUCCAACUCCAACUCCAGCAUCACCGACCCCUUAAACCCAUCCACGGGGUUCACGUUCGGCGACACGAACGCUCCAAUGACGAAUUCGUUUGACUUCGACUUCAACCAAGUCGUCGAUCCGAACACGGGGAGUAUCGACUGGACGUUCUGGGAUACUUUGAUGCGGGAGCCGAGUGCGGUGCCGCCGAGUAUUGGGCUGGGGAUGACGGGGAGGGGUGGGGGUGGUGGGGGGACGUGGUAG